GUGGGUAAUAGAUAACCUAAACCUGCCCAUUUGCUGAUACUAGCAUUCUUAAGUGAAUAACAAUAAUGGCUGAAGGAGGUAAAAGUGCUAAGGAUGUCUUUAAAAAGACACUACCAAAGCUUAUAAACAUACUUGGGAAGGAUCCACCAUUUUCUGUAGUCACUGCUUCUCUCAAUGCUGAAGACCUGAUAACUGAUCAAGAGCUUGGAGCCAUUAAGACCAAACAAGGUGUUGAAAGAGGCAGUGAAGUGGCUUAUACUCUAAGAGACAAGAUAAAGGAUAGUGAUGAUCCUAAUGCCUGUUUACUGGCCAUAUGUGAGAUAUUUGAAUCUGAACUAGUAGACAAUGCUACAUUGAAGAAACAUGGAGAAAGCAUGAGAACAAGCAUAUCAAAUGGAACAGCUGCUACACCAGUUCAAGUACCAGCUGUUACUCCUUCAGCUCCUCCUCAUCCUUCAGCAGCAGCUCUGCCACCACCUAGGACUAACCCUAAUGAACUAGGUAUAAAUGAUUUAGUGACAGUGAGAACUGUUUUAACUGAAGCAAUGUUUGGACCAGUUCAUUGGACUGAUUUAGGAUUGUCUCUGGGUCUUUUUAUGCCGACACUUAAUGUGAUUAGUAGAACUAAUGGAGACGCUAACGAUUAUCUCAACCUAGCUCUUCAAUAUUGGUUACAAAAGAAGGAUAAUGUUACAGGAACAACAUGGCAUAAUUUAAUAAGAGCUGUCAGGAGUACUGGGGACAAUGCAGCUGCCGAUAGGAUACGAGGCAUUUUGAGAUCACGCAAUAUCAACUGUUAAUUAUUAUAUUUGCUUAUUUUUAGUUUUUGUCAUUAUUAAAAUUGUUUUCUGGCCAGUAUAGUAGUGUUGUGUGGUGAACCUUGACUAUGAAUGACUGAUAUCCCAUAUAAGGGGAACAUGAAUAUCAUUAAAUACCUUUGCUGAAGGAAGCAAAAGGAAGCUUGUGACAAAUGGCAGCAAGUAAAGACUAUUAGUCCUAAUUUUAGUAUCUUUUCUAUCCUUCCUAAUAGCCCCUGGCAAUGGAUCUGAACUAACUAUACAGGAUUUAGCACUAGUGGAGACAGUACUUGGAGAAGCAAUGUUUGGACCAGUUAGCUGGCAGAAGCUUGGACUAGAUCUAGGAAUCUACAUCACGAACCUGAAUGUUAUUGAAAGAGAGAAAGGUGAUAGUACAGAACAUUUGAGAAAAACUCUACAACAAUGGCUUAAUAAAGUGGAUAAAGUUAGGGACACAAGAUGGCCGACAUUGAUAAAAGCAGUUAGGAGUACUGGAGACAAUGCAGCUGCUGAUAGAAUGCCUAAUAUCAUUAAGAAACACAGUAAUGUUUAAUACUUUUAUUUUUGCUGUUUUUGAAUCAUGUAUUAGUUAAAGAGUAAUAACUAUUAUCUAAACUA